CAAAACCAGAAGAGCCCAAGGCAGCUGAAGCUGUGACAGGGAACGACAUCACGGCACCUCCCAACAAAGAGCUUCCUCCCAGCCCCGAGAAGAAGACGAAGGUAGGUGCCCUUUCGCCUUCAGCCUCUCCGCCUCCGUGGGUUGCCGAGGCGAAGACCGCAGAGAAGCGGACCUCACUUUCGAAGCCCCCCUCGUCCGCCUCCCCUAGAACCACUGUCAAGAGCACCCCGGCUACUCCUCGGACAACGGCGGCAUCCCGGUCCGCCGCAGCCGCUGGUGCGAAAACCACUGCUGCUUCUCACCCCAAGAGGCCAACCUCUAUCAAGACGGAUGCAAAGCCCGCCGACGUGAAGAAGACCACUGCCAAGUCACCAUCAGCAGACUUGAGCCGCCCGAAGAGUGCUACUGGAAACGCAGUAAAAAGCAGUGCCACCACUCCUACGGCCACCUCCAGCGCGCCCACCUUACCUGGAGCAGCCCCCAGUCGCCCCAAAGCCAAGCCUGCUGCCACCAAACCCGCCGUGACCUCGACCGCAACAGCAGACGCUAAAAAACCGACCGCUAAGGCUCCGGCUAAACCCAGCGCCGUUUCCAAGCCGCCUCGCCCCACCAGCAGCGUUUCUGCUCCGGAUCUGAAAAAUGUACGUUCCAAAAUCGGAUCAACAGAUAAUAUUAAACACCAGCCGGGUGGAGGAAAGGGGAAAAUAGAGAAAAAGCCAGAAUCAGACGCUGCUGCGCGAAAGUCUGAACCCAAUGCGGUCCCUAAAAUGGCUCCUACUAAAACAACCGUAUCAAAAGAGGGUGCCCCAAAACAGCCCAAUGGGAAAGUCCAGAUAGUCUCCAAAAAAGCGAACUACAGCCAUGUUCAGUCCAAGUGUGGUUCCAAGGACAAUAUUAAGCAUGUCCCUGGAGGUGGGAAUGUGCAGAUCCAGAACAAGAAGGUUGACCUUUCCAAGGUGUCCUCGAAGUGUGGCUCUAAAGCAAACAUCAAGCAUAAACCAGGGGGAGGAGAUGUCAAAAUUGAGAACCAGAAGCUGAACUUCAAGGAGAAGGCCCAAGCCAAAGUGGGUUCGCUGGACAACGUGGGACACUUGCCAGCAGGAGGAACCGUGAAGGCCGAGGGGAGCGUGGAGCCGGGGCAGCUCCCGCCGGCCCCUCAGAACGGAGAGGUGACGGCGGCCCAGGCGGGUGGCGAGACGCGGGAGAACGGCGUCGGGCCUGACCAAAGGGAAACGCCGAGCUUCGAGACUCAGAUACAAGAAACAACGGUAGGAGAGUAG